AUGGCCGAAGAAUCGCCCAGCCGUGAUAUCAUUCUCCCAGAGCCUGGAAAACGAAACAUACUUAUUACUAGCGCUCUACCCUACGUGAACAAUGUGCCACAUCUGGGGAAUAUCAUAGGAUCGGUCCUCUCGGCUGAUGUUUUUGCGAGGUACUGCAGAGCUCGUGGUAUUAACACUCUAUAUAUCUGCGGCACGGAUGAGUACGGAACGACAACAGAAGCAAGGGCGCUUGUAGAGAAAUGUACAUCGCGAGAACUCUGUGACAAAUACCAUGAUAUUCACGCUGGAAUAUAUAAAUGGUUUAAUCUCGGUUUCGACAUCUUUGGUCGUACCACAACCCAGCUCCAGACGGACAUAACCCAAGACAUCUUCAUGAAACUGAAUGACAACGGCUUUUUGAAGGAGGAGAUGACAACCCAGCUUUAUUGUCAAGAGCACCAUUCAUUCCUUGCAGAUCGCUUCGUUGAAGGUGAAUGUCCGAUGUGUAGCUACGCUGAAGCUCGUGGGGAUCAGUGUGACUUUUGUGGGGGCCUUCUCGAUCCCCUUCAACUCAAAAACCCCCGAUGCAAAGUUGACAAUUCCACGCCAAUCACUAGAAGUACGAAACAUAUUUUCUUCGAACUGGACAAGCUCCAGCCUGAAAUUGAAUCCUUUUUUAGAGAAUCAUCAGUCAAUGGUACUUGGUCCAGCAAUGGGAAGGUCAUUACCGCUUCUUGGUUGAAAGAAGGGCUGAAACCACGCAGCAUCACCAGGGAUAUGAAAUGGGGGACCCCAGUUCCUUUACCAGAAUACAAAGACAAGGUUAUUUACGCGUGGUUUGAUGCUUGCAUUGGCUAUGUUUCUAUUACCGCCAACUAUACGGAUCAAUGGGAAAGGUGGUGGCGAAAUCCUGACGAUGUUCGUCUCUAUCAAUUUAUGGGCAAAGACAAUGUGGUCUACCACUCAGUAAUUUUUCCAGGCACUCAAAUUGGCACCAAAGACCCUUGGACAAAGCUCCACCAUCUCGCCGCGACAGACUAUCUUACAUAUGAAGGUGGGAAAUUUUCCAAAUCUCGAGGUAUUGGAGUCUUUGGUGAUUCAGCUCAGAAGACUGGCGUACCUUCUGAUAUCUGGCGUUACUACCUGCUAUCGUAUCGACCCGAAACUGGAGAUAGUGAGUUUGAUUGGGACUAUUUCAUUAGUGCAAAUAACAAUUCUCUCCUCAAAAAUCUUGGUAAUUUUGUUAACCGCGUCGUGAAAUUUGUGAACUCACGCCACUUCAACAACGUUGUGCCUGACUGGACACAAUAUCGCGAUACAUCCUGGGGUGACUGGAAGGCAGCAGUGAACAAGCUUCUUACCCAGUACAUCCAAGAACUUGAUACUGUCAAAAUUAGGGCCGGAAUAGCCACAGCACUUCUCAUCUCUCAACAAGGAAAUCACUUUCUUCAGUCGAAUAGACUUGACAAUAAUCUUGCUGAGAACGAGCCGUCUAAAUGUGCAGCUGUUAUUGGUAUAGCGCUCAAUUUAAUCCAUCUCAUAGCCUCGAUCAUUGCCCCAUAUAUGCCUGAGACAGCUAUAUCCAUAAAUCGGCAACUCCGGAUGAAACCAAUUCUCAUCCCCGAUCAUUGGAAAGCAGAUUCUGUUAGGCCGGGUCAUGAGAUUGGCAAAGCGGAAUGCCUAUUCACCCGCAUAAAACCGGAAAAGGCAGAAGAAUGGCGCAAAGAAUUUGGUGGUGUUGAGGUAAAUAAGAUCAAGGAGGAGAAAGCUGCGAUUAAGCGACGAAGAGCACUGCGAUGA